ACAAGUGGGACAUCGACAGACUUUUGAUACUCGGUCAAAGAUGUUUUCUGAUAUCAAACUUGGGAUGGACCGCUGUCUUCUUGGAAAAGAAGAAACCAUUGCGAUGAAUUUCAUAAAUAUUUUAAUAACCAUUUUGGGGAGCGUAGGUAACAUAGUGGUUUGUUUAACGAUAGCUUUAACUCCUAGUCUCCAAAAUCUUUCAAGUUACUGCAUCUUUAAUCUAUCGGUUGCCGACCUUCUUGCCACGAUGAUCGUGGAGCCUUGUUUGAUCGUCAUUUUGUUCUGGAAGCUGCAUGGAAUUUGUCUUGUGAAAGUCGAGUACGUUGCUCGGCUCGUGGGAAACCUUUCGUGUAGCAUUUCAGUUUUGACACUUGCAAUAAUGAGUGUCGAAAGGUGCCUCGCGAUAGUAAAACCAAUGACAUACAAGAGAUAUAUAACAACUACAAGGCUUAAGACCCUUUUGAUAAACUCGUGGUUGUUUUGUUUUAUCACGCCGUGUUUGGACGCAUUCGUAGACGAAGACAAGAAGAAAACAUACGUAUUAUUCAGCAUGAUUUCAAUGGCAAUUCUUUUUGUAAUUAUAUUAGUAUCCUACGCGUUUUUGUUCAGGGCAGUGCGCAAGCAAUCCUAUGCAAGACAACAGCUUCGCAAUACAACUAGUGUCUCACAUGAAGCUGAAAAAAGACUUGCUCGAACUGUGGCACUUGUCAUUGGGCUCUUCACUAUCUUCUGGUCUCCGAUCAUAGUGAGGAUGGCGUUCAAACCAGAUAAAAACUAUGGUUCUGAUUAUGUAUGGACUGUCAUAGCAAGUCUAGCUAACUCCGCAGUAAAUCCUUUCGUAUACUUUUUCCGUAGUAAAACUUUUAGGAUUUCCGUGAGGAACAUUUUCCAAUGGGGCAGAUGCUGUAAGAAUAACAGAGUUGCACAGGUUACGAGCGGUAAAGCUGAUUCAAAGGUAUAAAUAAUUAAACUUUACAGCUGUAUUGCUGAAUCAACUGGAUGGUCAAAUGAGUUCCUAGUAUUUAGAACUGAAUAAAAUCCUAUGACUAGGCGAACAAAAAUUAUUCAGAAAAAUAGCAGAUAGACAUUCAUCGGGUCAGGCUUAACCAAAAAUAUUGUAAAAUAAGCCGCAAUUCAUAGAGUCAGCUUACUAAGAGUUCAAAUUCUAAAUUCCAAUUUGAUUGGACGUUGAAAGUUUCUGCCUCGGAAGGCUGAUGAGCAAUCACGUCCCUGGGAGCUCACCUACAACGAAAAAAAAAACAUUAAAUAGAUCAUAGAUAAGCU